AUGCCCACCAGAUCAGAAAUCACUUAUUUCGGCGCGGGCCCCGCCCUGCUGCCGACUGAUGUCCUGGAGAAGGCCGCCGAGGCGCUGGUAGAUUACCAGGGCACGGGCUUGGGUAUUGCCGAACACUCUCACCGCUCGGCCCUGGCCGCCAACAUCAUCAAUGAGGCCAAGGCCGACCUGGCCAAUUACCUGGAUAUCCCCGACGACUAUGAGGUCCUUUUCAUGCAGGCUGGUGGCAGCGGCGAGUUCUCAGCCACCGUCUACAACUUGGUUGGCGCAUGGGUCACCCGGAAGCAGCAGGAAGCACUCAAGCAAGUGGGCGACGACGAAGCCAAGGUGGCCGAACUUCUCCAGAAGCAGGUGGCCACCGAGCUGAAGCUCGACUACCUAGUCACGGGCAGCUGGUCAUUGAAGGCGUACCAGGAGGCUUGCCGCCUGCUUGGGUCGGAGCAUGUCAACCUGGCAACAGAUGCUCGGACAAUCAACGACAAGAAGUUUGGCAAGAUCCCGGAAGAGAGCACCUGGAAGCUCUCCAAGGAUGCUGCCAUGGUGUACUACUGCGACAACGAGACGGUGGACGGCGUCGAGUUCCCCAAGUUUCCUGAUGUACUUGCCCCCAGGGCCGAUGGAUCCGGCCCCAUUGUGGUCGCUGACAUGUCUUCAAACAUCUUGUCGCGGAGGAUACCUGUCAAGAACUACCAUGUCAUCUUCUUCGGAGCUCAGAAGAAUCUUGGUUCAACUGGCGUGACGGUAGCUAUCGUCAAGAAGAACCUCCUGCCCCCAGUGUGCCCCCAGCCAUCACCGACGCUGCUGAGGAAGCUUGGUCUGCCCAUUGGACCCAUUGUUCUUUCCUACGAGACCAUCGCAAAGAACAACAGCUUGUAUAAUACAUUGAGCAUUUUUGAUGUUUACAUUGCAGGCCAGGUCCUGAAAAAGCUCCUCGCCACCUAUUCAGACAAGGUGGAUGGGCAACAGGCUGUCUCGAACAAAAAGGCCGAGAUCAUCUAUGGAGCGUUGGAAUCGCGCCCAGAUGUCUUCAAGUUGGUGACGGAAAAGCCAUUCCGCUCGAGAAUGAACAUUUGUUUCAGAGUUGUCAAGACCAACGAUAUGGAUGUAGACGAAAAGAACUUCCUAGAGCUGGCUAAGGGCCAGGGUCUUGAGGGCCUCAAGGGCCAUCGUAGCGUGGGAGGCAUACGGGCCAGCAACUACAACUCGAUCCCCCUGGAAGGUGCUCAGAAGCUUGCAGAAUUCAUCCUGACCUUUGCGGGGCACUAG